AUGUUUACCACGCUGAGGACAAGCCAGAGCUUCAGGUGUGUGUGGUGGCUGAGUGCUGUGCUUCUUCCUCUGGUCCAUGGAGACAACGCGCGUCAGGAGCGGCCAUCUUGCCAGCCAGGUUUCUACUGCCCUUUGGGGAACUUCACUCCAGUCCCGUGUCCCAGGGGAACCUAUGGGCCGACUUCCGGCGCCACGUCGAGCGACAGCUGUCUGAAGUGUCCUCCUCACCACUUCUGUCCCCGACCGGCCCUGAAGGCAUCUCUGCCCUGUGGCCCUGAGGCCCGGCAGCCUCUCUCUGGUCACGACACCUGUGUCUGUCUGGGAGAGGGACAGAGGUUCCAGAGCAGUGAUGGGCGGUGCCACUGCACCAUCAGCUACCAGCCGACCAGCCAAGGAGACGCGUGUGUACUCAAACUCUACGACGUCUGCAGAGACGGAAGAACUCGCACGCAGUACGGAGACUGUCUGGACCGACACCAGUGGUCACUUCACUGCAGGCAGCAGGUGUGUCCCUCUGCAGAGGACUACCGGGGUUACGACGGGGAGCUAGGUCUGUGUGUCUGCAGAGAGCCUCCUGGACGAGCUGCGUGUGGAGGCCUGUGCAGGAGGAGGCCGCCGGCUCCUGAGCUGAGGCUCCAGUGCCGGGCCGAUGGAGGCACGGAGCUGCUGCUGUGGGGCGAUGACAGUCAGGUCACCAGCGUCUCAGGCAGCGUGUUGGAGACGUUUUUUACGCCCUCUGACCCCGGAGGGUCUCCUCUGUGUGACACUCAUCCCAACUCCUCACAUGCUGUGUACGUUGUUCUCUCAACAGAGGCCGGCUUCCUCGGCCUCCUCGGCGGCCUCCCGAAGGAGCUCCAGCGACUCUUUCCUCUUCCCACGCAGCGGGACGCUCACAACUCAGCUGGAAGAGAUUUGGAUGUUUUGUGGGAGGUCACCGAAGGUCACAUCGAUUCCAGCAGCAGGAAGGGAAACAAGAGCGAAACCAACGAAGAAGAGAGAGAUUCAAGGGUAACGGGAGUCCUGAACCCCACCGCGUGUCUCCACCUGGGCGACGUGGUGCUCUUCACCGUGGACACGCGCCGCUUUCCUCAAUAUGACCUCGACAACUUGUACAACACAAACAGCGACUUCGACUGGGGCGCGUUCAGACGGCUGGAAGAGGAGCUGACUCUGUCUUGGACUCCUCCCGGGUUCUUCGCGGCGGUCUUCAGCCAGCCAGGCGUAUACGUCUUUACGCUGAGCAGCCAUCAGCACAAACACUUGUAUGUGCGGGUGAUGCCUGCAGGCGGCCAAUGUUACGAGGCCGGCCCCUUCUGGCCCUCCGUCCCUCGUCAUGUGACCAGGGUGGGAAUCAGGAGGAGACGCAACCUGUUGCUGAGGCCUGAUUGGCUGGUGACCGGAGGACUGCUAUUCGGAGCCGUGGUCAUCCUGUGUAUGUGUGUUACGCUGCUGAUCCUGUUCCGUGAAUACGGAUGGCCUGAGAAGCAGCCAAUCGGAGCGCGGUAUCGCUCGCUGCAGACGACCUAUCACCUGGACGACUACUCGUCUAAAGGCUCGCGGGUCGUCUCCCUGAGGAAGAUCCACCGGAACCAUCGGACCACACAAGAUUCCAUUCAGCCAGUCUGUGCAGAACCCUCGGAGGAGUUCUGGGACUACGAGCAGCAGGUGGACCUGGAGGCCUUCAGCAGCUCCACCUUCUACAGCCUGCUGCUCAAGCAGAGCCUCUCCGUCACCAGCCGGCUGGGCCAGCUCACCACCGAGGCCCGUGGCACACACAGAACAUCUGGAACCGGAGUGGUUCUUCAGAGUGAUGCCACAGAAGAACUAUUUUCUGGUUCCACGGAAAACCUUUCAAACCAGGUCAACAUAAUCUCUCACUUCACACAACAAGUUGCCGUCCCAGCCCUCAGGGCGGAUGUAAGUGGAGACGCCCCCCCCCCACCCAUACGUCCUGCCACAAUGCAUGCUGGGUAG